UUGCUAGCUUAGCCCGUCAGACUCCCGGUCGACGGCUGUCAACAAAGGAGUCCGGAGAUGGACACCAACGUGCAAAAGAGACGCGAGAAUAAGAAGUCCCUUCGCGUGAAGGUGAUAAGCCUCGGGAAUGCCGAAGUUGGGAAGAGCUGCAUCAUUAAACGAUACUGUGAGAAGAGAUUCGUGCCCAAGUACUUGGCUACAAUAGGGAUUGACUAUGGUGUCACAAAAGUCCAGGUGCGAGACAGAGAGAUUAAAGUCAACAUCUUCGACAUGGCAGGACAUCCUUUCUUCUAUGAGGUUCGUAAUGAGUUCUAUAAGGACUCUCAAGGGGUGGUGCUGGUCUACGAUGUGGGGCUGAGGGAGAGCUUUGAUGCCCUGGACAGCUGGCUGGGGGAGAUGAAGCAGGAGAUGGGCUCUCAGGCGAACAUGGACAGCAUCGUCUUUGUUGUCUGUGCCAAUAAGGUGGACCUCACUAAGCGGCGGGUGGUUGACGAGGGGGAGGGGAGGUUGUGGGCAGAGUCUCGAGGAUUCCACUACUUUGAGACGUCGGCACAGAGUGGAGAGGGAAUCAACGAGAUGUUCCAGGCCUUCUUCUCCUCUAUAACAGACAUGUGUGAAAAUGGCGGAAAGCGCCCAGUGUCGGAGGUGAAUGUGGGCUUCACCAAGGAGCAGGCUGACACUAUUCGACGCAUACGCAACAGCAAAGACUCUUGGGAUAUGCUGGGGGUGAAGCCUGGCGCUACACGGGAGGAGGUUAACAAGGCGUACAGGAAGUUGGCCGUGCUUCUGCAUCCUGACAAGUGUGUCGCCCCAGGCAGUGAGGACGCCUUCAAGGCUGUGGUCAAUGCCCGCACCUCUUUGCUCAAAAACAUCAAAUAAUUACACACACACACACACACACACACACUUCUCUGUGUCUCUGUCUCUCUCAGUCUGCAGACUGACUGAACCACUCAUCCAAACCCCUUGGUGACAUGAACUUUAACCCCUCUUCUAUCACACAAAGACACUAAAAAACUUUUUUAAUGCCCCCCCCCUGCACACACACACAUAUACACACACCUCUACAUAGCCAACAUAUUUAUUUAUUUAUUGGUCUUUCGAUCAUAAUCGUUUAUGUGUCAUGUUGCUUGCAGUCUUGGUCAUACUGUAUGCCAAACUUUUAGCUUAUUUUAAAAGCAGUUUUGAUUUCCAUACUCUUUAUCAACUUAUCCUUAUGAACUGGUAUUUUUGAGUGCGUGUGUGUGUGGGUGAGUGCAUGUGUGUGCAUAUGAGUGAGGUUGUACCCUCAUACUCGGUCCAUGCAUGACAUCAGAUCUCAGGAAGUUUACCUCCAGCUAGUACAGACCUAACACAUAUAGACUCCACCCAUUUUCAUAGCAGAUGUGCCACCUGGGAAACAUCUGGGGUCCGCAAGGUCAGGGCUGAGUGGACAGGUAAAACUCUGGUUUGACAGGUCAGCUUAUCCCAUGUCACUCAGCGUAGUCUAGUCAGCCAUUUUGAACACAGAUUGUAAAUACACCUACUGUUGAUGGUGACAGAAGAUGACUGUGUCAAGUGAUGGCAGGAAGUAGAUUUGUGCGGUGUCUGAUGACCUGUCAGGUUGAGAUGUCAAUUUGUAUAAAGGGGCAAAUUUAGCUGUAACAAUCUAAAGCCCUUCUGGGUGUUUAUUUACCCCACCUCAAAAAGACAGUGUUCGUGGUGGUAGCUGCUAUGACUGGUAAAUGACUUUUACUUUGCCGAUUGUUAAUUUAAAGCUGUUAAUGCCGCC